CAGCGUUUAGUCUGCCGAAGCCAAAGAAGAAGACAAUAUGUGCUGCUCGUGGGUGCUGCGGUGCUGUGUGCGCAGCGGCAGCAACCGAUAUAAAGAGUAGAAUAUCGUGAGUGUAAUAAAUGAUGUGUUAGAUUAUCCUUUGCGACCUUGGAUAAUAAUGCAAGGCGCGCGCCCAGGGUGUAAUGAGCAACCCACGGAUCUAUAGUCGUUAUUCCGUUUUUUAAACAUUUUAUUUUGCUUCAAACUCGGAAACGGCAAGGACGUGACAUCAACACCGCGGGUCAGAUGAGUCUACCUAACGAGUAUUAGCCAAUCACAGCACAGUAGUACAGAAAGGCGAAACAAACAAAAAAGCGCCCGGCAUUUUUAUCUGGAGUGGACCGAACACAUCCAUGAAGAGGACACUUUGAAGAGCAACGGUACUGCAUGGGACCAACUCUGGCUUUUUGAAGAUAUUUUGUAUAUAUAUAUUUUUUGUACUUUUCCAAAAUGGAAGCAAGCGAGAAAACAGAAGCAGUUACUGUGGAGAGUGACGACGAUGAGGAAUCAGGAACAGAGAGUUUCCACACAGAUGAAGACAUGGCUUAUCAGGAGGGAAUCGAUCCAGCGGAGGAUUUGUUUGAUGAUGAGCAACAGGACGCUGACGACAUCCCCCCUGCUUCUUCAGAAGGAGAGCAGCCCAGAGUAAGAUCUCCUUCUCCACCACACAGCAGGGCACAGGGAUCCAGUCGUACACAAGAUGUACCGAGAAGCCGGACCAGAUCCAGAUCUCCACUUCAGGCCAGGCAAGCACACUCGGCCACAUCCUGGAAAACUGAGGCAGAUCCUGAUGUAUGUCCAGCGCCAAAAAGGUUCAGCCCAGCAAGGCCCCCUGGACAUCAGCUGAACUCAAACUCCACAUACACACCACUGGAUCUUUUCAAGCUGUUUUUCAGCAACGACGCAAUUAAAACCCUUUGUCAACACACAAAUAAACAAGCUGCUAAAAACACUGCAAGAGGCAAAAAAUAUUUCUGGACUGCCAUCCACACCAAAGAGUUUUUUAAGUAUGUGGGACUGACUUUCUAUUUUGCACUUGUGAAACUGGACAACAUCCAGGAUUACUGGAAAAAGAAGACCAUUUUCAGUGUGCCGUUUCCAGCUAAUGUCAUGCCACGGGACAGGUACCGGAAGAUAUCUUGGAACAUUCACAUGAGUGAUCCUGACAAAGAUGUUGAAAAUGACAGAAAGAAGGGGACACCAGAUCAUGACCGUCUGUUCCGACUGAAGCCCCUUCUGGACACCAUCAAAGAUGCUUGCAAAUCAUUUUACCACCCCAGGCAGAACCUUUCGAUCGACGAGAGGAUGUUGGCGACAAAGGCCCGUAAUGGAACGCUACAACACAUGCGGACAGCGAAGCCGACCAAGUCGGGUUUCAAACUCUUUGUUUUGGCAGACAGCAGCACCGGCUACACCUGGGACUUUUCAGUGUACACCGGAAAGACACAGUUUGCUCCAGGCAUUGGCCUUGCAUAUGACUCUGUCAUGUCCCUGAUAAAGACAUCAUACCUUGGCAGUGGCUUUCAUUUAUAUGUGGAUAAUUUUUACACAAGUCCAAAGCUCUUCAAGGAUCUGUUUAGUCUGAAAAUAGGAGCAUGUGGUCCAUACAGAGAAAACAGAAGAGGAUGCCCCAACACGGACUCAAAUGCUCUGAAGGAAAAGGCGCCCAGAGGCUCCAUCAGGUGGAUCCGUGACGACCUGCUGGUUUUUGUGAAGUGGAAGGACACGCAUGAAGUCUCCGUCUGCUCUACAAUCCAUGAGGCAUUCUCCGGAAGUACUGUGCAGAGGAGAGUCAAAACUCUGAAUGGCAACUGGACCACCAAAUCCAUUCCAUGCCCAACACCUAUUGUUGAAUACAACAAGCACAUGGGAGGUGUUGAUCUGUCGGACCAGCUGAUCCAGCACUACUCUGUGAAUCACAAGACCAUUCGCUGGUACCGGACGUUGUUCUUCCACUUUCUAGACAUUGCAGCCACAAACAGCUUCCUCCUUCACAAGGAGCUCUGCAGAGAGAAGCAGGGGCAGCCCAUGACCCAGAGGGCCUUCCUGCAGGAGCUGACAGCCCAGUUGUGCGGGGUCACAGUUGCGGUCCCUCCUGCACAGGCACACAGUGGACACUUACCCGUGGCAAUCUCUGCACAGACUGAUGCAAGCAAGAGAGCCUCGUAUGGCCGCAGGACCUGUGUGAACUGUAGGCAGACCAAGCAGAUGAGGCAGUCUACUCCCUGGAAGUGCAUAGAGUGCGAUGUGGCCCUUUGUGUAAUCACAGACAGAAACUGCUUUAAAGAAUGGCACAACUAAUGUUACACCAUUACAUGGGGGACUUGUCUAAAAUAAAUGUAAAUAGUUUGUUUUAUCUGUGUCGGCUACAAUGUUUAUUAUUUAUUUUCCCUGCUCACCAAGGCCUAAAAUAAAAAAUGUAAAAGCC